AUGAACAGGCCAGGGUAUGAGAGGACUGAACAGGCCCAGGCCCUGUACUGCAGCACCCCAGACUCGCCCCUACAGGGGUCCAUCAGUAGCCAGACGGGUGGUCACCUCAACAGCCUGGUCCGCUGGGCCUGUGACCGGGGAUACCGCCUCAUAGGGAACAGUACGGCCAUGUGCAGGAGGAACCCCUACGGAUACUUCGCCUGGGACUCCCCCGUUCCGGCUUGCCAAGCGGUGUCCUGCGGGGUGCCCAAGGCGCCGUUGAACGGAGGAGUGCUGACGGUAGACUACUCGGUGGGCACGCGCGUGACCUACUUCUGCAAUGACGGCUACCGCCUGUCUUCCAAAGAGCUGACCAGCGCCGUCUGCCAGCCGGAUGGCACCUGGAGCAACCACAACAAGAUCCCUCGUUGUUCAGUGGUGGUGUGUCCAAGCAUCGGCUCCUUCUCUCUGGAACACGGGAGGUGGAGGAUCGUGAACGGCUCCCACUAUGAGUACAGGACCAAGAUUAUCUUCAACUGUGACCCGGGCUACUACCGUCUAGGCCCCGCCCACAUCCAGUGCACGGCCAACGGCGUGUGGAGUUGGAGGAAUGAAAGGCCUCACUGUCAGAUCAUUUCCUGUGGAGACCUCCCUGGCCCGCCCAAUGGGAAGAAGAUUGGUACGCAGAUGACCUUCGGGGCGACCGCCAUCUUCAUGUGUGACGCAGGGUUCAUGCUGGUGGGCUCUACCGUGAGAGAAUGUCUCCCCUCUGGACUGUGGAGUGGACAGGAGACUCGCUGCUUGGCGGGCCACUGUGGUAUUCCGGAGACCAUAGUGAACGGCCAGGUGAUCGGGGAGAACUUUGGCUACAGAGAGACGGUAGUGUACCAGUGCAUCCCAGGCUUCCGCCUCAUCGGCUCCUCUGUGCGGAUCUGUCUGCAGGACCACAACUGGUCCGGACAGCUGCCUUCCUGCGUGUCUAUCAGCUGUGGACACCCAGGAAGCCCCAUCUACGGGCGGGCCAUCGGUAACGGCUUCAACCUGAACGACGUGGUGAGCUUCUCCUGCAACAUGGGCUAUGUGAUGGAGGGGCCCUCGAGGGCCCAGUGCCAGGCCACGCGCCAGUGGAGCCAGCCACCACCAACGUGUAAAGUGGUCAACUGCUCCGAUCCUGGCAUCCCAGCCAACUCCAUCAGACAGAGUAAGAUAGAACACGGAAACUUCACCUUUGGAACCGUGGUGUUCUACGAUUGCAACCCAGGUUUCUACCUGUUCGGUUCUCCGGUUCUCACCUGUCAACCCACGGGACAGUGGGACAAGCCUCUACCUGAGUGUAUCGUGGUGGACUGUGGUCACCCUGGGUGCCCUCCCAACGGCCAACUGAGCGGGGACAAGUUCACCUUCGGCUCCACGGUUCGCUACACCUGCACAGGGGGGCGGCAGCUGAAGGGCGAGUCGGCACGCACCUGCCAGCUUAAUGGCCACUGGAGCGUACCCAUGCCUUUCUGCUCAGGUGACUCCCAGGGGACAUGUGGGGACCCAGGCACCCCGUCGCAGGGCAGCAGGGAGGAGAGUAACUUCAGGAUCCGCAGUAAAGUCCAGUUCAAAUGCUCUGAGGGUUACGAGCUGAUUGGCUCUGCUGAGAGGAUGUGCUUUCCUAACAGCACCUGGUCUGGAACACAGCCCUUCUGCAAACCGGUGCAGUGUGGGAACCCGGGAACCCCCAGUAACGGCCGUGUGUCCCGGCUGGACGGCACAACCUACUCCCACUCUGUCACCUACUCCUGUAUGGAUGGCUACCUGCUGACCGGCUCCACCACCCGCCAGUGUCUGGCCAAUGCCACUUGGUCUGGCACUGCCCCCAACUGCAGCAUGAUCAACUGUGGCGACCCUGGGGUUCCAGCCAAUGGGAUGAGGUAUGGAGAGGACUUUGCUAUUGGUCAGAACAUCACAUUCCUGUGUGCGCCGGGAUACAGCAUGGAGGCUGACAGCUCGGCCGUACGCACCUGCACCUCCAACGGCACCUGGAGUGGCAUCAUGGCAUCCUGCCAAGCUGCCACGCGUGACCUGCGCAGCACCCUCUGCCAUCUCAACGGAGUCCUGGAGGUACAGACUUUGAGUGGGGCACCAGCGUGA